AUGACCGAACACGAACUUGGAUAUUUGUACCAAGAGCUUGGCACGCAAACUUCAUUCCGAAUCGCAGAACUUCUCCCCGGUAAUGAUGAUGACCCAAUCCAAUGCCGUGUUCAUCCGGCCUCUUGGUCCGAUGCUAGUAUCCCGAGUACGAGGCCAUUUCCUAUACUCAAGGUCACUCAGAAUCUCUACAAUGCACUCGGCCAUUUCAGACAACGAGAUAGAUCAAGGUAUCUGUGGGCAGAUGCCAUUUGUAUCGACCAGUCCCAUAUAUUAGAGCGCAAUGCUCAGGUAAAACAAAUGCGGAAGAUCUACGAAAACGCCAGGACAGUUCUAAUCUGGUUCGGGCCAGAUACGCCAGAAAAUGAUGCAGAAACUGCCAUCAACACAGUUCACCUAAUCUCAGAAGUCCUUUGUCAAAAGCUUGGUAUCUCAGCUAAUGGGUUAAGCGCUCGUGGAAAUGUCUAUCACGAGGUGGUGUAUCAGAACAGAAGCCUGAUACCGUUACCAAAUGAAAUCGAGGCCGUCACCAAAGACAUGUGGAAAUCUUUGACUUGGUUGUAUUCUCACACCUAUUUCACACGGGUUUGGGUCAUUCAAGAAACCAACGCGAACCAGUCUCGACUUGUUCAUUGUGGUCACUCGACAAUCGAAUGGGACCAGGUCGAGCUGGUCGCCGGGUAUAUCAUCAUGGAGCCAGCGUUUAGUAAAGCCAUAGGCUUUACGGACCCCAAAUGCUGGUGGGCCGCUACUGCUACUACAGAGCGCCUGCGGCAGCCCAAGAACUGGCUAUACAUGUUGUAUCUGGCAUCAAACUUUUUCAGCACCGAUCCAAGAGAUAUGAUAUAUGGUCUCGAUGGUUUGAUGAGUAUUACACGGGGCAGUGAGCUCCUCUAUCCUGACUAUGACAAAUCGACGGUGGAGGUUUAUAUGGACUCUGUCGCUGCUGCUUUCGUCGACAUGCAGAACACAGAUGUGUAACUCUACGCUCCAGGCACGAAUCACCCAUCUUGGGUGCCCCGAUGGGAUUGGGCCAUGUUAUUUCGAAAUCCUUUCA